AUGGUACUGUAUGCGCACGGUUAUGAAGGUGCUGGCUUUCGCCACAGUGGAUCUAGCAGCUACCACAUCCACAAAGUAGUGAAGAGCAUAAAUGACCUUUUCAGAUUUCUGCAACAGCUACAGCAUGAAGAGCUGCAGUUUCUAAUGGUGGCAAUAUCCCCGGCCAUGCCCUGGGGUCUGCGGUUGCCCCCGAUUCAGAGAGCCCAGUCUUCGUUCAAAGAUCAAAGAAGACAAAUAUUCAAGGAAUAUCUGUUGGAACAAAAACUCACUUUUGACAUAGAAGGAGAAAUUCAGAUUUCCAGUAAUAGAAUGAUGACAUCUGAGGACCAGGUCCAAGAAAGGACAGAACCUCUGAAACUUGAAACAAAAAUGGCUGAUAAAGAAAAUAUCAGAAGACAUACAGAAAACAUUAAUACAACAAUGGAAAAGAAUUAUAUUCCCUUAAAAGCUUCUAAUGAAUUAACCAAUUCUCCAGCAAUUGAAACACAUAAUCUUGAGGCUGAUGAUCAAACUUUACAGUUGUUACCACUUAACAAUGAUUCUCAAAAUCAAACUAUGACACUAAACCAGGCAUUUCACCUUAAAAAAAAUCAUAAAAAAAAGCAAAUGAUUGCAGAAAAACCAAAGCGUGUCAAGAAACCUGUGCUAGGAUAUUAUCAUGGCCAAAUCGUUCAGUCUAAGGUUAAUUCAUUCAGAAAACUUCUACAAGUCAAAGAUGAGAGUUUUGCAACAACAAAGAAACUUUGUGCUUCUGUUUCUAAAGGCACAAAGCCUAACUCUGUAAAGACAAGCAAUGCAACAAAAAGUUACAAAGCCUCAAAUAUGACUGCCACCACUACACUUGAGAACCUUACAUUUCAGAACACACAGCUUGUGCGGCCUCCCAAUAGAAAUCACCACAGUAACACCCAGCAUAAGGCCAAACAAGACAUUAGCAGAACCUCUGCCAAUGUUACAGUCCCAAAGAAUCCCACUGAAAAAGAACAAUUACAAUCAGAAACAGUUCUAGGUAGUGUCAAAUCCAGUUCUCAGGGCACAAAAAAUAAGGCCUUACAAUCAAAAACAGUUCUACCUGUGGUCAAAACCUCUUCUCAGAACGUAAAAAGAAGACAUUACACAUCUGAAAAUAUAGUCAGGCCUAUUUCAUUUACUAAUAUCAAACUGACAGAAAAGUCAAAAACUGUUGACCACCGAAGACAUACAUUAGCAAAAGCCACUGUGGAUGGAUCAGCUCAACUCAAAGAAGAAAGAAAAGCUCAUCUGAAUGAGUGCAGAGCUGGCAAAGGAAGAGUGCUGAAGAGGCCUCUGAACCCAGUCUCUGCCCAGCCCAAGCCCGAGGGACAAAAUGCAAACCCUGUUGGAUCAUUCUGGACUACGAUGGCAGAAGAGGAUGAGCAAAGAUUAUUUACUGACAAAGUGAACAAGAUAUUUUCUGAAUGCCUGAACCUCAUUCAUGAGGGAUACCCAAAAGAAGAAAUAAUGACCACACUGAAUGACGUGAUUAAAAAUAUUGCAAAUGCUAAAAAACUUGUUAAAUAUUGGAUAUGUCUUAUACGUAUUGAAACAAUCACAAGUCCUGUUGAAAAUAUUAUCUCAAUCUAUGAGAAGGCCGUUCUUGCAGGAGCUCAGCCAAUUGAAGAGAUGCGACAGACAAUUGUGGAUAUUGUAACAAUGAAGAACCAAGAAAAAAGUAAUUGUGGAAAAAAUAUUGAAGAUGCUUGUAAAACCAAGGAACCAAUCCAGGAAGUCAACACUGAGGAUACAGGUGUUAAUCUAGAGCCAGGAAAACAAGAAAUGGAGAAUAAACAUAGUAGAAAUGUGGUGUUUGAAGGUUGUGAACAACAGCAAGAUGACACAAAAAAUCCAAGUGACAAUUUUAAAAGCCCUGAUGCAGAAAAUAGAUCAGGUUGCUUAGUUAAAUAUAACAUAUCUACUACACCAUACUUGCAGAGCAUAAAAAAGAAGAUGCAAUUUGAUGAAACAAAUCCUGCACUUAAAGAGCUAAAGUUUCUAACACCAGUGAGACGUUCUCGACGCCUUCAAGAGAAGACUUCUAAAUUGCCAGACAUGUUAAAAGACCAUUACCCUUGUGUGUCUUCACUGGAACAGUUGUCAGAGUUAGGAGGUGAAACUGAUGCUUUUGUAUGUCGCCCAAAUGUAGCUCUGUGCCCUAUGUACUCUGAGACUGAUACUUCAGAGGAGAAAUGAAGUUCCAGAGAAAGGAAGGUUCUUACUAUUCCUGGGGUGUUUGUGAGGUUCACAGUUCCCUUGAACUUAGGUAAA